GUCGCCUUAAAAAGAGUGCAGCUAUGUUGUGGUGAAAGCACCUCGGGAGGAGAACAGAGGAUCAAUAGCAGCAGGAAACAACAACAAAAAGACGCAUCAGAUGUUUCUGUCCGCCAGCGGCUGAAAGUGGAUUUCUUCUCCCCGCAGCAGCGUCCAAAGUGCCUUCAGCUCUCCAUCCAGCGCGAACAUGCCGAGAGGAUUUUUGGUGAAAAGGAACAAGAAAACCAACCCGGUGUCCUACCGGGUCCGCUCCGAUGAAGAGGAAGCGGAGCAAACAGCUGCUGAUGCGCCGCCGCUGUCCUCCUGCGCACCUCUCGCCUCCUUCCCGGUGCGCGCACAGACGCCGACGCCCACCUGCGGGGCGGCGGCCACGGUUCCGGAGCAGGUCGCCAGACCGGUGCAAUUCGGGAACCCGGAGGCUGUGUACCAGGCGCUCUACAGCCCCACCCGCCCUGUCAGCCAGGACCAUGACCGCUCCUACUUCGAGAGACGCUUCAACCUCGGAUCACCAGUUUCCGCGGAGUCUUUCCCUACACCAGCAGCGCUCCCCGCUUUGGACCACCUCUUCGCCCCGGUGGACCUGAAAAUCGGCUCCAGCAACAGCAGCCGCACCGAAACAAGCGCCACAUCCACCGCGGCGCUCCCCACCGCUGGGACCAAACGGCCAUCCAGCGACACCGAGCGCAAAGGCAAACCGUCAUCCAAGAAAACCAAAGCUAUCCGGAAACUGCACUUUGAGGAUGAUGUCACCACAUCUCCGGUUCUCGGGCUCAAGAUUAAAGAGGCUCCGGUGGACCAGAAGACACCCAAACCGCAGCCACCCGGAGGUGACAACAUCCCGAUGGGUGAAUUCGUGUGUCAGCUGUGCCGGGAGGCGUACGCGGACCCGUUCGCUCUGGCGCAGCACAAGUGCUCCAGGAUAGUCCGGGUUGAGUACAGGUGUCCCGAGUGUGACAAGGUGUUCAGCUGCCCUGCUAACCUCGCCUCGCACCGUCGCUGGCACAAACCGAAGCCGCAGAGCGGAGCUCCCGGUGUGCAACAUUUGGAGAGCGACAAGGCGGCCGCGUGCGGUAAGACAGCGCCGGAGGAAGCGAAGGAUUCUAGUGACAGGGACACACCCAGCCCCGGACCGUCCGAGUCCGGCUCAGAUGAAGGGCUGUAUGAUUGUAAUCACUGUGGGAAAAAGUUUAAACGCCAAGCGUACCUGCGGAAGCACCUGGCGUCUCAGCACGGCUCACCAAAACCGGCGGCGGAGGACGAGGACGCGCCGGUGUGCGAGCAGAGCGCGGCGCCGCUGAACCUGAGCUCCUCCACCUGCCACCCGUGUCCGGUCUGCGGGGAGAACUUUUCCAACAGAGGCAGCCAGGAGCGGCACAUCCGCCUGCUGCACUCCUCACAAGUGUACCCGUGCAAAUACUGCCCCGCCGUCUUUUACAGCUCCCCGGGACUCACUAGACACAUCAACAAAUGCCACCCGUCCGAGAACCGGCAGGUGAUCCUGCUGCAGAUGCCGCUCCGCCCCGCCUGCUGAUCCGGGGCUGCUUUCACACUGUCAGAUAACAACCAAGUCCAGCCUUGUUUCAGAAAGGAUUUUAGGGUUACACUGCAAAAAUACCAGUUUGUUUUUUAAAUGUUGGCUCCUAAAAAGUACUUUUUUAAAACCGUGUGAAAAACAUAUGGCACUUUGGUGAGAAGAUGUAACUCUGUUUGACUUUACUGUGAUGGGAGUGAUUUAUUUUCUUGUUUCUUAUUUGGUUAAAAAACCACCAAAUUCUAAACAGAUCUCCUAUUUUAACACACUGAACUCCAAAUUUCUUAAACACUUCUAAAACAAUGUGUCUCAUUUUGCCUUAUUUGGGGAAUUUAAUUCAAGUAAAUGCACAAAUCAAUACAGAGGAAUUUGUCCUUGCAUCACCAUUUCCUGGCAGCUUUUGAGGUAAAAGAAGAAAUGAAAGGGUAUUUUUUGCAGUGUGACUCCUACAGUAACGAUAAUGUGACUCACAUGCACCAAUUUGUAGAGGUCAGAGGUCAGCCGCUCACCUGCAGCUGGCAGGGAUUCAGUGCCUUGCUCAAGGACACUUCAGCAGGUUCUGGGUGUGUGUUUGAACCCUGCCCUAUAACGCCCCCCCCCCCCCCCCCCCCCCCCCCCCCCCCCNCCCCCCCCCCCUCCCCCAUCUCUGACGUCAUACUCUAAACACUUAAAGGUUAGACUGUUAAUUUAUUUUUCUAGCAUCUCUGCACAAGUGCUAUUAGCUUCUAGACCUAAGAGAGGGGACGACCUGUAGCCGAUAAAAAGCAGAAUUCACAGGCCUGAGAAGACCUUAUCUCAUCACUCUGAUUAGCUUUAACAUAGCUUGUGGAUCUGUGGAUCAGUAGCUGUUGCCUGAAAACAAAAAAAGAGAGUAAAACUAGUGUAGCCGGUAAUGCCUUUGGAUUAGAAACUCCUGCUGUAAAACUGCCUUAAACUGAUCUGAUUGUCUUUUGAUUACUUAUUUAUCACUGGCUGGGUACGAUAUGAUUAUUAUUUUUUACAAAGCCUUCUGUAUUACCAUUAUACAGUAUAUCAAACUCCUUUUCUUCUAUUUAUUUAUGUAUUUAUUAAAUUAUUUGUGUAAAUUAUUGCUCUGUGUGCUCUGUGAUCUGUUGCCGUGUUUUUCUUCACGAUGUAGCCAAAUUUAUUUUCUUUAACUUAUAUGAAAACGGUGAGAGGAGGACGGUGUGUUCAAGUGACAUUAUAGCAAUCAAUGAGUUCUAUCAGCCGCUCCUGAAUAAAUAAUAAUGAAUGCAAUCAUUGAUUUCACUUUGUAUUUUUGUUUUUUGUUUUUUUGGUUUCUUUGUAACCAUUGGCUCUUAUACUGCUUUGGAUGUUUCUGCAGUAUUUUGCUAAAUGUCCAAAUAUAAUAAAAACCAAACUGAGAAACA